CGCUUUGACCAAGCGUUCGCCCGAUGGUGUGCGGUGACAUCGAGCCGUGUUUCUUCGCAGUUUUGGCAAUUCGGCGCGAGUGCCGACGAAGAAGAGGAGGAGGAGGAGGAGGAAGAGAGAUCCGGUCGCGAUUGGAUCCGUCGAACGUGUGUGUCAUCGUCCGACAGGAUCUGUCAAUUAAAGGGCUUCGUGUUCGCUCUUCAAAAUAAUCGUGUUUAACGAAGGGUGCCGACGUCAUUCCUCUUUCCCUAUCCCGUCCCCGUCUCCGCUGCAAGAUGUUGGGUCUGGUUUGCCGUCAGGCAUUGCUGGCGAAUACCCAAAAAGUCAGCGCCAGGUACUUAGGAGGAUCAAUAGUGCCGGUGCCAAGCCCGCCGGAAUUUCCGCUGGAAAAUGAACCUAUUCUCAGCUAUAAGAAGGGCAGCCGGGAGAGAGCGGAACUGGAGAAGGUUUUGGGCAACAUGGCCAGUGAAUGCGAGGAGGUACCGUUAAUAAUAGGAAACGAGGAAAUCAAAACGGACUUGUGCAAAUAUCAGGUCAUGCCGCACAAUCAUAAGGAGAGGAUCGCCAAGUAUUAUUGGGCGACGCCGGAGCUCGUGAAGAAGGCGAUCGACGUCGCGGUGAAGGCUCAACGGGAAUGGGAAAGGUGGCCGAUCGAGAAACGGCUGGAGAUGUGGCUGAGGAUAGCGGAUCUCAUGGCGACCAAGUACAGGCAGUACUUAAACGCCGCCACGAUGCUCGGCCAGAGCAAGACCGUGAUACAGGCGGAGAUUGAUAGCGCGGCGGAGCUGAUCGACUUCUUCAGGAUGCACGCGUACUUCGCGAAGGAGAGCCUCAAGUAUCAGCCAAUCUCGCCGGAUCGGCAGACCCUCAACUCGAUGAGAUAUCGCGGCAUGGACGGUUUCGUCGCGGCGGUAUCGCCUUUCAACUUCACCGCGAUCGGCGGCAACCUCAGCUACACGCCGGCUCUGAUGGGUAACGCUGUGCUAUGGAAGCCAUCCGAUACCGCGUUAUUGUCCAACUGGUGGAUCUUUAAGAUAUGCAGGGAAGCCGGGGUGCCGCCUGGCGUGGUGAAUUUCGUUCCAUGCGAGGGACCCGUGUUCGGCGACACCAUCACGUCCUCGCCUUAUCUCGCCGGACUCAACUUUACCGGCUCGGUGCCGACGUUCAAUCGUUUGUGGGCGCAGGUCGGUCAGAAUCUCUCCAGAUACAGGAACUAUCCAAAAUUGAUUGGCGAGUGCGGCGGUAAGAAUUACCACUUCGUUCACUCGAGUGCGGAUGUGGAGUCGGUCAUCAACGCGACGAUAAAAAGUGCGUUCGAGUACAACGGACAAAAGUGCUCCGCUUGCAGUAGAAUGUACGUGCCGGAAUCUUUAUGGGGUAAGGUAAAAGACGGUCUCUUAGAUCUUCGCCAAAAACUCAAGAUCGGCGAUGUUCAAGAUUUUACUGUGUUCACCGGCGCCGUUAUAGAUGCCACCGCGUUUAAACGUAUUUCUGGUUACAUUGAUUAUGCGAAAAAAUCACCCAAGAUGGAGAUUCUCGGCGGUGGAGGCUACGACGAUUCGUGCGGAUAUUUCAUUGAACCGACAAUAGUGCAAAGCAAAGAUCCAAAAGAAAAACUCAUGACGGAAGAGAUAUUCGGACCGGUACUUACGAUAUACGUUUAUAAGGAUUCCGAUCUGGACAAAACGGUGAAACUGGUAGAAACGUCCACACCAUACGCUUUAACAGGCGCAAUAUUCGCGGAAGACGAAAAAUGGGCGAAGAAGGCACUUGAGGAUUUAAAAUAUACUGCCGGUAAUUUUUACGUAAACGACAAAUCGACCGGAUCCGUGGUCGGCCAACAACCGUUCGGUGGCAGUCGAAUGUCCGGCACAAAUGACAAAGCCGGUGGACCGCAUUACGCUCUUCGCUGGGCAUCUCCGCAAUCUAUUAAGGAGACCUUUGCGCCCAUACGAGAAUAUGAUUAUCCGUACAUGAGAUGUUAAAUACGGAUAGUUUAUUAUUGUAUAUUCAUCGACGUGAUAUUUGGUAAUUUAGAUUGGCGAUGGUCGCGCGCGUCGUAAAUCGAGAAACGCUCACGUUUG